GCAGCGGCGUCUUGCUCUUCGCCCAAAUGCAAUCUCGCCGGGGUGGCAAGCGGCGGCGGGGGAAGAGCUCGCGACUGGCUACCCGGAGAAGAGCCGCCUGGAAGCCGGGGGCUGAAGGGGCCGGCCGCUGAGCUCAGGUGAGAGCCGAGUGAUUCCUGAAACGUCAGUGGAAGAAUUUUUCAGUCUAGCACAGGAUAAGCUCACAGCAUAAGCCUCUCUGGGGACUUCGCUUGCUUUAAAUAAGAACCUUCCUUGCCGCAUGAUGUAAAGUGAGAGAUUUCCUUUCUGAGAAAGAGGUUAGCUCUGCUCACAGCUCUUGGGAAAACAGAGACUGUCUUGCAAGGAGUGUGAUGGGCUGCUAGAAGGUGAGAAGACCAGCAGCAAAACUUUAACCAAGCUUUUCUUAAUUGCCUGGAAUCCCAUGAAAGUAGAACUUUCUUUCUGGGGGAAAGGGCUAAUGAGUCCAAAAGUUCUAUUUUUCAAGUCUCCCAAGUAGGUAAAGCACCAACUGGCUAGGAAACUGAAUUCAGAGCUUUAUCAUUUUUUAAAGCUAGGAUCCAAAUUUGUGUCAAACUUGUUUUUAAAUAUUCUAAUCUUCUGUGUGCCUUUCUUUACAAAGAAAAUUGUCUCCCGUCGUCUGUAAGGAACAGUUGAACUAUUCCUAGCAAGUUGCAGUUAAAGAAGCAAACCAAACCAAACAAACCUGGACCUGAAAUCAGGAAGAUACGGAUCUGGGAAGAUGAUGCUUCAUGGAGUUAUAAACCAAAGAAGUUAAUAAUCUGUUCAGUUUGUGGAUUGUGUUUGAAAGAUUCUUGCCUACGGGAGAACUGCAGGCAAGGCAAACCAGAGUGGAUUUGAUCUUGUUGGAAUCUGCUGCAGUUUCUCUGCUGGCUCUGGGCUGGCAUCUCCAGUUCUGGAUUGUGCUUGAUGGGGGUUUUUGCUAAGGAAGCAGACCUUGCAGCUAAGGACAGAACUGUGGAUUUCAGGGAGUUGGUGUCUAUAUGCCGAAAGGCAUAUUGGCUGAACCCCAAAGCAAAAGUAUUUUUCUCUAGCAAUUGUCUUCUGUAGUACAUUGAAGGUUUGGGAAAGACUUAAUAAUCUUGCAACAUGACGUCCAAGCAGGAACCAAAAGAAGCUCAUCAUGCCAAUGGAGUGGUGCUACCCAUUGUGGCUGGGUCUAUAGACUGCCUCUCCAGCCCUGACAGAGAACAUCUUGUUGAAUCUUCUGAGUUUUUAGGACCCAAAGAAGGUGAAGUGGAGGUGAUAGUGAUAGAAUCUCGAGCCAAUGCCAAAGGAGUACGGGAGGAGGAUGCACUGCUGGAGAAUGGCAGUCAGACCACUGAGAGUGAUGAUACCAGCACAGACCGGGGCCCAGAACCAAGCUCUCCUCUCAAAGAGACCUCCUUUUCCAUUGGGCUGCAAGUUCUCUUUCCUUUCCUGCUGGCAGGGUUUGGGACGGUAGCUGCUGGGAUGGUGUUGGACAUGGUGCAGCACUGGGAUGUAUUCAAGUAUGUGGAAGAAGUAUUCAUCCUGGUUCCAGCCCUCCUUGGACUGAAGGGAAAUUUGGAGAUGACGCUAGCAUCUCGUCUUUCUACUGCUGCUAACAUUGGGCAAAUGGAUACCCCCAAAGAGCUCUGGAGGAUGAUAAUUGGGAACAUGGCUUUAAUACAAGUUCAAGCAACAGUGGUAGGUUUUCUGGCUUCAAUUGCUGCGGUGAUAUUUGGCUGGAUCCCAGAUGGACACUUCAGCAUUGGCCAUGCCAUUCUUCUCUGUGCCAGUAGUGUGGCUACAGCCUUCAUAGCCUCUCUCGUGCUGGGCAUGAUCAUGAUUGGUGUAAUCAUCGGCUCUAGAAAGAUGGGCAUUAACCCUGACAAUGUGGCUACCCCUAUUGCUGCAAGUCUGGGUGAUCUGAUCACUUUAGCUUUGCUUUCUGGGAUCAGCUGGGGCCUCUACAUAGAACUGGAGGACAAAGCCUAUGUGAAUCCUUUGGUGUUUGCUUUCUUUGUUGCUCUGCUGCCCCUUUGGAUCAUCAUCGCUAAGAGGAAUCCAGCUACCCGGGAGGUUCUGUACUCUGGCUGGGAGCCUGUCAUCAUUGCUAUGGCUAUUAGCAGUGUUGGAGGACUAAUCUUGGGUAAAACUGUGUCAGAUCCAAAUUUCGCGGGAAUGGCAGUCUUCACGCCUGUUAUCAAUGGUGUUGGUGGCAAUCUAGUCGCCGUCCAGGCUAGCCGCAUCUCCACUUACCUCCACAUGAGCGGGAUGCCUGGAGAGGCCUCGGAGACGACUCCCCGCAAGUGCCCGAGCCCUUGCAGCACUUUCUUCCGUUCAGAUGUGAACUCCCAGUCUGCUCGGGUGCUGUUUCUCUUAGUAGUUCCUGGUCACUUGGUUUUCCUUUACACCAUCAGUUCCAUGAGGGCUGGCCACACAACACUCACAUUGAUCUUUAUUGUCUUCUACAUGACAGCAGCACUUCUCCAGGUUUUUAUUCUUCUCUACAUUGCUGACUGGAUGGUCCACUGGAUGUGGGGCAGAGGCCUGGACCCAGACAACUUUUCAAUUCCUUAUUUGACGGCGCUGGGUGACUUGCUUGGGACGGGUUUCUUGGCACUCAGUUUCCACAUCCUCUGGCUCAUUGGAGACCGGGACACAGAUGUGGGGGAUUAGAGGCAUCCUUCCUCCUCCCCCCCCCCGCCCCACUCCUCAGCUCUUCUCCUUCAGUGACAUUCCCCUGCCCCCUUAGCCUUACUGCCACCCUUUGUCUCUCUUUGGGACUUUAACUUUGAUACUGGAUUCUCAUUAUUUUCAAUGGGAAUUUUAUGUGGUUUAUAUUUCAAGCCAUGUUUGUACAGAAAAAAAUAGUUUUAAGAAGGGCAAAAGGAACAAAGUGUAAAGACAAUCACCAAGUGCAAUUUCAUAAUUAAUAUCUAAACUAAUAGAAAAUGGAUCAACAGUUCAUAUUUUAAAGAAACCCCACUUCCCUCAUUCUGCACCCAUGGAAGACACUAGAUGUAAAGGGCCACUUGUUUGUCUAUUUUCUUUUAAUUGUUUGAGAUGCAAUUCAGUUUGGUUUUUGUUAUUAAGCUUAGGGGCAAGAGUUCUUCACCUUAUAUUUUCAGUUGUGUUCUGAAACUGAUUAAAUGGUUUAUGGUUACUUCAUAUUUAAUGCAUACCCACUGCCUGCUUGCUUGCACUAAUAUUCUGUCUGAUUUUGACCACAAGCCUUUGACUUUCUUGGUUCUGAAGUCCAGCUGUUUGCUAUUGGUGAAUAGCAAAAUUGGCAUUUGCUGUAGUGUGUAACAUCCUUUCCUUUGCUGAUGAAUGAGAUCUUGAAUGGAGGUUGAGUUAAUCAGCAAUAUAGCUUCCUAGCACCAAGCAUUCCAAAUCUGCUAAGACCAUGAAAGCACAGCUCUAGAAUACUUGCUUAUCCAGUGUUCAGCCCUUUAGUACUGGCUAUUAUUCAUGUCAAUCAUAGAUUCACCAAUCAAGCUGCUGCCAUUUUAUAUACUGAAAUCCUACUCUAGCCUCCUGAAAAGGCUGAGAGCUGUAUUAUUUUCCAUGGCAUCAUGUCAUUCCUCAAUGGAAAACAGUGUUCCAUUAAACACAAGUUACUGCCCAUCUCCAUUCUUAAAGAUUGGAUUUUUACUGUUUUACACAGCAGAUUAUGUUCCCUGGACACUUAUUUACUUAUUGCCUUUUUAAAAUAUAUUGCCACUUUGGAUGCACUAUGUAUAGUCCACAUGGAUCUAAAAAACUAUGAAUUAAUUGGAUUGGAACAUUCAGCAUUUGUGUCUUGGAUGCCUAGUACUAAGUGAAGUCUAAAUUUUAGAUGUAGAGCAAUGCUGCUAAACACUAAACCGAGGGAGCUUUGCAUCUACACAACAUCUAGAGAAAGAAAUACAAGAUUAUUGGGGAGAUAUAAAACCCCACACAUUGACUUCACUCUUGAGUAGCAUCUUUCAUAUUAAUCCUAACAUACCAUAAUGCAGUUGGUUUGUAGCAAAGGCCUUCAUACACAUUCACGGUUGAAAGCUCUUCCCUUGUGAGUUAGGGAUUUGUGUAGAAGUUUAGGUCAACCUUACGGGUCUGUACCUUCAAUAACCUGUUGGACUUAUGCAACUGCACUUCUGAGAGAUUACCCCCUAAAUGCUGGCAGGUGCUGGCCAUGUUUCUUGCCUUUGCACUGUGUGAUCUUUCAUGUUGCAUCUGGUUUGAGAGAGAUGUCUGGAUCUCCUAUAUUAUUUGAUCUAUUUUAAGUCUACAGAAAUACAGUUCAACUUACAAUGGUGCAUCUGGCCAAAAACUGACACAAUGCUUUGUUGGGAAAGUUUUUCUUAAAUCUCAGAUAUCCUCAGUUCAUCUGAAUUUUAGGAACCAAGUUCAAACACUUCAAAUGUUUUGUUCACUGUAUCCAGCUGUUCAGAAAGUGACCUGCCACCAGGGGGAAUCAGAAAUCAGAGGAUGGGUUGCACGGAUCUGCUGUAUUAGCAAGACUUUCUCCCUUUCAUGCAACUGGCUUGUUGAAUGCUAAUUUGAGGAGCUUUGAGUCCCGACCUCAGAUGUUGUGCACAUGGGACAGCUGUAUGUAGUUCAGUUCACAUUGGUGUAAAUAGCCAAAAUUGCUCUCACUUGCAUUGAAAUGUGUGAAAGGAGGAUCCUUUUCAUUCACCACAGGAAUAAAAGGGUCUUCCAAACACAGUGGCCUUGUCAGGAAGAUGUCUGUUGUGCUUCAGUAUUAAAGAAAAUGAUGUAAAUCUAAAAUUACAGAAAUUUUAUUUGGCUGUAGGUUAUGCCUGCCUUUUCUAAAGUUCACUAGUUAAAUACAUUUCCCUACAGCACAAUUACUUUGUAUUUCCCACUUUUGCAUCAGUAACUCUGUGUGUGUGUGUUUUCUUUCCCAAAGGUGAACAGGAAGGAUAAAAGUGAUUAUAUUUGUAUUAAGAGUGCUCUGUAAAUCCAGGGUCCCAGAUUUGACUGACAACUCUGAAUAGGGCCUAAUUCAAUCUUAUAUUAAUUAGAUAUUGCCUUCAGAAUGUUGGCUGGUCCUGCCUUUUAUAAGCUCCAUAAGAAAGUACAUUGUUUCAGCCUUAGUACUUUAUGGAUCAUAAUAAGGACUUGCCAUGCAAUAUGGAUUUAGGACUGAAGCAUUUGGCAGAAUUGUUCAAAUUCCAAAGGCUUCAUCAGAAUGAUAGCUCUGAAUGGCAAUUUAUAUCUAAAACAACAUAGGGACCGUAGGACCAUUGUGGCAGCAAUGCUUGAACUACUUCAGAGUACUCUUACCAGUUCUGUAGGCCUACUUUAGAUUGUGGCCUUUAUGUUGCAAUCUUGGCUUAAUAUGUUCCAAACAGGAAAUCUGGGACCAGUGUGCAAAGGUGUCUGUAGGGUAAGCCUUCCAUUGCUAGGUGACAUCAGUAAUGCGGACGACAACCUCAGGGUCGCCCUACCUCUGACAAUCUAAUCUGAAGUCUAAUCAGCAGAAUACCUCCUUCAGUAUUUUGGUUUUGCUCUAGAUU